AUGGCCGAUCCCGAGAACCAGGGCCCCGCGGAGCCCGGCCAGGCGGCCGCGGCGGCCGCAGCAGCGGAGGCGGCCGCGGCGGUGGAGGAGGUAAUGGCGGAAGGCGGUGCGCAGGGGGGCUCGGACAGCGCGUCCGGAGACUCGGACGGUGCGGUCGGCCAGACGGCCGAGGAGCCCCAGGCCCCUGCGGAGAAUGCACCCAAGCCUAGAAAUGACUUUAUCGAGAGCCUGCCUAACUCGGUGAAAUGCCGGGUCCUGGCCCUGAAAAAGCUGCAGAAGCGGUGCGAUAAGAUCGAAGCCAAAUUCGACAAGGAAUUUCAGGCGCUGGAGAAAAAGUACAACGACAUCUAUAAGCCCUUACUCGCCAAGAUCCAAGAGCUCACCGGUGAGAUGGAGGGGUGUGCAUGGACUUUAGAGGGGGAUGAGGAGGAAGACGAUGAGGAGGAGUACGAGGAGGAGGAGGAGGGAGAGGAGGAGGAGGAGGAGGAGGAAGAGCCUGCGGCAGAGGCUGCGGCGGGGGCGGCGGCGGCGGCUGCCAAAGACGAGGGUCCCCACUCUGCAGUGUCUGAUGACGCCAAGAAAUAAGCGGGGGCCGAGAUGGCAGAGGAGAAUGACGAUGCAGAUCAAAACCCAGAUUUUUUUUUUUUUUUUAAUAUUGGUGGACUUGAAAAGGCUCAGGUUUUGCACCAAAAUUCAACGUGAAUCAAUUCUGACAUUCCUGAAACAAUACUAAAUUGAUGCAAUCCGAUUCUGGCCAGCCCGUUUCAAAUGUGAUUUCCAAUUGGAACACAAAAACAUCGAAAAGUCUUGAAAAGGAGUUAAAUUUAAAAUGAUGUUUUCAUGAUCUCUUCUGCGAGGACUGGAGUUGAGACUUACGAAGGGUGUCAAGCAGAUAUG